CCUCUGCGCCCUUCAGCUUGCUCGCCGCGACGAGGAUCAUGGACUGGACGAGGUCCACCACUGGUGGGACGCACGCGGCCAGCACCACCUUCCCAGGGCCAAGAUCUUCGAGACGUGGGCGCAAGAGACCGUUCACGUUGAACUCCUUUACGAACGCCACGCGCACGACAAAGCAGAUUGCCGUGACCAGGGUCAUCCCCAGAAGAAAGGAGAUCUUGCUCAAACAGCCCUGA